AUGGACGUCCUACAGGCGCGUAUAGACAGUUUCGGAAAAUCAAAACGAGUCAAGCAUGGCUCGUCAAAGCGCACGGUUACAGUCAAAUGGCCUCACCCAUCCUCCUUCAUCGCCACACCUCACGCGCUCGCCGAAGCCGGUUUCUAUUACAACCCAUCACCAGACGAUACGGACAACGUGGAAUGCUUUCUAUGCGGCAAACAACUUGGCGGCUGGGAGGAAGACGAUGAUCCAUAUCGAUUACAUUGGGAGAAGUGCAGAGACCACUGUCCGUGGGCAGUUGUGAGAUGUGGCUUGAUUGAGGAUGUUGAUAGGAAGGGAAAUUAUCUUUUCAAAGACUCGUCGCGAGCCCCUCAGGGCAAGGUGAUGGAGAAAGCGCGUCUCAGCACAUUCCGAAUCAAUAAUCCCUGGCCUCACGAUUCCGCCAAAGGACACGGUGCUGCCUCUUUGAAGAUGGCGAGAGCAGGUUUCGUCUAUGCUCCUCAACACUCUGGAGAUGACACCGCCACCUGUCUAUAUUGUAACGUCUCUCUCAGUGGCUGGGAGCCCGGAGAUGACCCUCUGUGA